GGGAGCCCGGCCCGGUCCGCACCCCAGGAGGGCAUGCGCCCCUCUUCGACGGCGGGAGUGCUGGGCCCCCAGCGCCCGGAGUUGCCCAAGGGUUUGAGUGACUCCUCCUCGGGGACCCUCCCCUCUGGGGCACGUCAUCCUCCCUACCCCUGGGUACCGAUCCCGCCGGCUUCUCCGGAGCUAAGCUGGGACGCUGGGACGAGUCGCAGCCACCUGCUCCGGAGCGGAGGAGCCUGGAGCGCCGUCGCCGGCGCGUGGGUCUGUCAGCCCAGGGCCCCAUGGAGCUGCGGGCCGGCAACGCCAGCUGUGAGAACGGUUGUGACACAGGUGUUGGAAAGACAGGUCUCUCCUAGUGGGUUCCAAACCCAACUCUACUACCAAGUGUUUGCAUGACUCAAGUUCCCUGAUCAGUCUCUACUGCUCCUCCCAAGAAGUCCUGUGUCAGAUCGUCGGUGGCCUCAGCCAUGAGGUGCCUAACAAUGCCACCUUUGACAGUUGGCAGGAGAGGAUCAGAAAGAACUAUGGCUUCUACAUUGGCCUGGGCCUGACCUUUGUGUCCAGCUUCCUCAUCGGCAGCAGUGUCAUCCUCAAGAAGAAAGGCCUCCUGCGACUUGUGGCCACAGGGGCCACUCGGGCUGUGGACGGGGGCUAUGGCUACCUGAAGGACUUGAUGUGGUGGGCUGGAUUUCUCACCAUGGCUGCUGGAGAAGUUGCCAACUUUGGGGCCUAUGCAUUUGCACCUGCAACAGUUGUCACACCGCUGGGAUCCCUGAGCGUCCUCAUAAGUGCCAUCCUCUCCUCCUAUUUCCUGGGAGAGCGUCUGAACCUGCUGGGGAAGCUGGGCUGUGUGAUCUGCGUGGCCGGCAGCACAGUGAUGGUGAUACACGCCCCUGAGGAAGAGAAGGUCAAUACCGUGGUGGAGAUGGCUUCCAAGCUAAAAGACACAGGGUUCAUCGUGUUUGCUGUGCUUCUGCUGGUGUCCUGCCUCAUCCUCAUCUUCAUCGUCGCCCCGCGUUAUGGGCAAAGGAACAUCCUCAUCUACAUCACCAUCUGCUCCGUGAUCGGAGCCUUCUCGGUGACUGCCGUCAAGGGUCUGGGCAUCACCGUCAAGAACUUCUUCCAGGGGUUGCCCGUCGUCCGGCACCCCCUCCCCUACAUCCUGUCCCUCGUCCUGGCUCUGUCCCUCAGCACUCAGGUCAACUUCCUCAACAGGGCCCUGGACAUCUUCAACACCUCCCUGGUGUUCCCCAUCUACUACGUGUUCUUCACCACGGUGGUGGUGACCUCCUCGGUCAUCCUCUUCAAGGAGUGGUACAGCAUGUCUGCCGUGGACAUCGUGGGCACCCUCUCUGGCUUUGCCACCAUCAUCUUGGGUGUGUUCAUGCUCCACGCUUUCAAAGACUUGGAAGUCAGCUGGGCCAAUUUGCCCCGCACGCACAGAAACCCUACGCCCCCAUCGCCUGCCCCGGAGCCCAGGGUUAUUAGACUGGAAGAUAAGAAUGUCCUUGUGGACAAUAUAGAGCUUGCCGGCACUCCGUCACCAGUGGAGAAGCCCAAAGUAUUUAUAAUCCAUUCUUAAAGCUCAGACUACACGAGUGAGAGGAUGAGCCCAAUGGUGCAACCUGACCUCUUGAUUUCAAAACCUGCUCAUUUUUUGGUGCAGCUGUUGCCAAUGGACUGUUUUUCCUUGAGAUGUUAACUUAUACCUCAUCACUGUUUCUAGGAGAAAAUUUUCCACCCAAGAAGAGGUGGAAAUUUCCAGAAAUUCCUGGAAACAGCCUCAGUGACCAAAUAUCUUAGUUUACAUUGGAGCCAGCAGGUCCCCCCGGGGCCUCCCUUUCCACUGGUUCCUUUGGUGCCAUCUCUGGUAUUUGGGAAGAAGAGAGAAUUUGACCCGUUGAAUGUCACAAUCUAAGAGCUUUCCUGAGAUAUUAGCCCUCGGGAAAUCCUUUGUACCAGUUCUCCUUCUGAGACUGAAUCGCCAUUCCUUAACCCAAGAAUGAGAUAGAGCUGGCUUCCCGAAACCAGUCUGUCAGCCACCCCAUCCAGAGCUGACAGCUAUCCAACCAGUGUUGCUUUUGCCAUUUCCUCUCGGAGACAGAAGCCGGACCUCAGCUGACCUUACUGUGAAAGACACCUGAUGUCUCAGGAAACAAUUUCAACUAGCCUGUUCUCCGAGGACUCCAGCCUGGUGGUCAGUGUAUCGGUGUCCAUCCAGUCCCCUCCAUUGCCACCUCUUCCCUCACUAUGACUGUCCCAAGGAGCCAGUACUAAGACAGAGACAGGCAAUAAUUUUAGAACUCACAACCAAAGAUGUGCCACAGCCAAGCUCUGCUGACCAAAUCGGAUGUCCUGUUUGGCUCUACUCUGGACAGAGACAGCAAAGGCACUCUCUCUUGCAAGUGAUCUGACUAGAACCAAGCUGGAAUUCAGCAGAGGGCAUGGGUGCUUGAUGUCACAUCGCCCAGCAGGGGAGUUAACUCAGUCAUGUGCGAGGUUGGUCUCCCACAGAAUACCUUUUUAUUUUUUUUUCAAGGAGUCAACCAACAUAUGAUUUGGAGAGGUGGAAAGAAGCAUGAGGAGAAAAGUCGGGAGUUGGCAGAAGAUAGUCACAAGCUGUCUGGAAACCAGGGGCUCAUUUGGGGGGUUUACUCUUAUGCCCAAACAGGUAUAAAGGGCUCUUCUGGGUAAUUUCUGGGCUGCAGACUUGGAGACUUGGCCAGUGGGAUUAGCUCUGUAUCUCAGUGACAGAGUCGGAGCACAGACUUGGCAUGGGUGCAUUUUGGCCAAUGACCAGUUUGCCAUGGAGUCCCUGGUUCCACUAAUGAGUUAGCUGUUUACCCCAGGAAACACCAUGCUGGGGCUGCUCCACAUCCAGCUAAGGGUGCUGCCUUCAGUCCUCUUACAUUUAGCCAGAGGCAUCUACUAAAUCGGAGCAGCUGGAGAUACUCCUCCUUUUCUUCUAGCUUCAAGAAUAUGGGAGCUGUUGCAAGAACCAUUACAAAGAAAAGUUAGGAGCCAGUUUACUAGAAAGAGGGAAGAUUUGAGCCUCAGUCUCCAGGUGGGUGCAGAGCUUCCCUAUGAACCCCCAACCUGUGUGCUAUGUUUACAUCUUGUGCCUUAGUGAAGCCAAAGCCCAGGCUGAACUCUUGCUGGCCUUGCACUCCAAAGGCUCGGUGAACUGACCGACUGGCUCCCCGCACCUGUAGCCCUGCACCUCCAGGUUUUAAUGAAUGUGGAUUUCUGUCUGUAAUUAAAAUCAAUGCAACAUAUUGAAUCUUGAAAAUAGGAGUGAGCUGAGGGUCCUGGGAGUAGGGCUGAAAGGGUCAAAAAUAAAGGCUUUGGAGUGUUUGUUUGA